UCCUACUGUAUCUGUUGGUGCACUUUACCAGUGAUAGUGGGCCACUUAAAGUCAGACCAGCUCUACGUGUUCAGUGUAGGACACAACAUGUGCACCAUACAGACUAACCUACAAACCCACACGCACAAGAUAUUCAUGGCAAUUGAUGUAAUUGUCAAUUUCCUCACACCUCUCUCAGUGAUGACAUUCUGCUACUUAAAAAUAGCGAAUAAAGUUUUAAAGCCUAAACAGAUGGGGAACACGAUAAAAAAGUUCAUGAGAAGCACAUCCAGGUCUCUGAGAAAAAGCGGCUCAGUUUUGGACAAGUCACGGGGAUACGGGGCACAAAAGGACAGUGGUAUAGGAAUAAAAGUGGACAACUGUGAGUCUAACGAGUCAAGCGAUGACGAUUAUAUAGAGCUACCAGCGGUUACCAAGCACUGUGAUGAUAUCCCACUCAAACCUAACAACGACAACAACAACAUUAACAAUGGCAAUAACAACAACAACAAUAACAACAACUUCGAAUCAGACAACUCAACACCGUCACCUGUACUGGACAGGAGGACCACUAAUAUACAGGACAUGUACAAGAGAACAGGUCUUUCCGUCAACCCCUCCCCUCUGCCGCGAUUUAAAACAGACUCUUAUGACUCAUCGAGACGAGGGUCGUGGACGGAGGAGUCAGCAGCGGCAAUAAAGGAUGGCGCUAGGAAGAUGUCCACUGCAGUCACUAACUCUGUCAUGCAUCAACUUAAACGACUGUCACAUGCUUCAAAUGCGUACAGCAAAAUGAGCAAAUAUCAACAGAAAAUAGCUCGAACUACAGUUGUGGUUUACUUUUCAUUCUUCAUAUGCUUCAGUCCUUUUAUUAUUAGUCAGGUUCUCAUCCUAACAAACAGAGGAAUGCUCUCUAUCGGAAUUAAACGGUUCGUCUUUUCCAGCGUCUGUCUGGCGUUCAUCAGUUCGUCCAUCAACGUGAUCAUAUAUGGCACCAUGCACAGGAACAUCAGGUCUACUCUCAGAAAUCUGUUGUCGUGAUAUUGUGCUGCUAGUUUUCAAUGAUCUCCACAGAAUCAUGGAGUUGCUAGUUAGUAUUGUAGAAUUCUGCUUCGCAGCUGUAAAAGGAUGGGGCGCAUAAUGGCCGGAAACUCAUACAAUAUACUAAAAUUUGCUGAAUAACAAUCAUGAUUGAAGAGGACUUUGAUUCUUGUGAUAAGGGGGAAUGGUGAGAACCUUGGGCCUGCAGGUUGGACCACCUAUCAAUUGUAUUCAGAAUAUAUGGUAAAGAAGAAGAAGGAACUUUUGUCUAAAACUAACUCAUGAUGGGUGAGCCGAAAAUGCAGAGACGCAUUUAUUAUGAUUUCUAAAUCAUCGUUAAAACAGUCUGGAAUUUGGAAAAGGGAAUCAUAACUCUCGACAACAAAUUGAAUUGAUGUUAUCAGAACAGUGAAUAUUAAUAAGAUUUUUCGUAGAUUUUAUUAUAUUAUACAUGCCGGUUUUAGCUGACAAUAUGUUUGUGUUUCCGUUAUUCAUUGUCGCCAAAUUGUACACCGGGUUGAUUUAAAUUUGUAGAUUAUAUUCAUUGAUAAGCUGUUCAUUUUCAUUAUUUAUGCU